ACCAGCCUCGUUCGCUUCAUGUCAACAACUUAGCCAUGCAAAACUAUGUUUUUUAAUGUAGGUUUAUUAAAUGACUUUUUCCGUGAAUGAACUUGUUUAUCUUUGGGUUUAUUCAUAUGUUAAUGUAAUGCCGACGGCCAUUCGGCCUCAUUUACAUUGCCAAACUCCGAGUCCGCCAGCGAGCGGAGUUUGGCCUACUCUCGAGACAUUUUGCUUAGUUACUGUUAAAAAGUAUAUCUAUAAAUGUAGGUUGAAAGUGUCCCCGUUAAUGUACUACUAUCGUAUAUUGAUUCAACGUUACGGCCGAUCCGCAAAUCAGUGCCCCGACGCCGGCCAACCCUGUCCGUUCAAAUUUGACCCAUAUUUGUCAUUCAUUUCUCUUAUAAAGCUAUCAUACCUACCUUGACUUAAACUUGCCAAUAUUACAUCAAUAUGUAGCCCACUCGUAUAUUUAUGAAUCAGAAGUCGACAUAGCCAUAGCAGCCCUCAAAAAAAGGCCAAGAAAAAACACUACAGUCCCCCUAGUGUUGUUGUUGUUGCGCCAAUGAAUGUAAAGAAAAACAUGGGCUACAUUUUGACGUUGAUAUUUUGUUUCUAUGAACUUUAAUAGGCAACACAUUAGCUGUAUUUGAGGAUGGAUUCCGAAGCAGCGACCCAUUCAGCAGAUUAGUUUAUAACAUGCAUGUUUUGUCUGUAUGGUUAUAACAUGCAUACUUCCAUUGUCUAUACGUUAUGUAUAGCCAGCAGAAUAAACUGCCCAGUGCAUGAAAACACUUGUUAUGUUAUUAUGUCAUCAUUUACAAAUAUAGUAUGAAAUGAAUGCCUGGGGAAAAAGUCCCAAAACACUUUAAACACUUUGGUGAAUAUUUUUUCAGGUACAGCCAGCAGCAGCAGACCGUCUGCGGACCCAUUGCUGCCCGUUCUGGACCCCACUGUGCCCCUGGACAGGCAGCAAUGUGUCCUGAUGGCAACCAAAGAGGCCAGGGCCUUUCACAGGCCCAAUGGCUUCCAAGCCAGCGCCGGUCCCAAGGACCUUCAGACGGCUUGUGAUGAAGCAAAAAGGAGAUGCCGGCUCGUCACUACUACCAGGCCCUCAAAGAAGCUCUACCUUGGCCAGCUGGUUAUUCCCUUUGGGAAAUAUGCUGGCCAAAGCUUCAUGUGGCUGGUAGCGAAUGAUGUGGGCUACUUAAAAUAUCUGCUUGACCGCCAUAUUGCGGAGAGCCAGGACCCGGGCAUGAAAUGAGGAACCAGGGAGAAUGACUGGGUGAAGGACUGUCUCCUCCGUUAUGUGGAGUUUUUCCCCUCAGUCUCCUGCCACCUGGAGAAAAAUGUAGACAGGGCCAUUUAUGGACAGGGUCGCUUUAAGUCCUUCACCUUUCAGGAGAUGUGGCAGUGGUACAGCCUGCACAAGUGCCUUAAUGCCGACCCUCAAGCUGGCAGUGCCCAAGAGAGGAAGAUGGCAGAGGAGGCUUUCUCUUCUGUUCGCCAGUGGCUUGGAAUGAAGGAGGAGGACAUCAGCUCCAAGUCACUGAAGCGCUUCAGGAGAUUUAUUCUCGACAAAGAGAAACAGGUAGGUUGAGGUGUUACUCAAAAGCAGAAUGCAGUUCAUAAGACAAAACUAGUUCACUGUACUUUAACUGUAAUUUGUGAAACUCUCCUCAGAAAGCCCCUACUGCAGCUGUACCAUCUUCGUCCUUGUCUGGUCCUGUCCCAUCUGAAACAGUGGUUCCUCCGUCGGCGUCAGUGGUUCCUCCGUCAGCGUCAGCGUCUGCUUCAGUGGCCCCUCCGACAGUAACAUCCCUGUCACCUUGGCAGGAUGAUACAUUGUUUUCAGAGGCUCUCGCCACUUUUGAAGGACAAGGUAAAUCAGUUUUUUACUUUAUAGAUGGCAUUCACAGAUCAACAUUAAGCUCAUAUAACUGUACAUAUAUUGAAUAUAAAACUUUAAAUCAGUUUAAAAUAAAACAGGUUAAAAGGCACACUUUUCAGGAUUAUUCUUUAUUUCUGUUUCAACCCAAUAUGAUCCUUGUGGCUUCCUAAGCUUUUGUCCUCAUUUUCUUCCAGCUGACACUGCCAUGGCCCAUCCACCAGACCCUCCACAGCAGCCACAGACAGACCCCGUUCCACCAUCGCAGGAACCUCCAUCUGGUCCUCGUAAGAGGACGUCAAAGUCUGCGGCACUGCCACAGCCACAGCCAAUAGAAGCCACUGUCACGCAGCCUGAGGUGUCAUUUGAGGGCUGGCACAAACAGUGGGAGUCCGGCCCUCAAGGUCUCCCCAGUGCUGACUUGAAGUGGCUGAAGGAGGACGCUGACAGGGGGCUCUUUAAGAACCUCACCAUCGCUCGCAGGAAAAUUCUGAAGGAUGAUCGCAUGUGGUUCCAUCCACCAGAAAUUCCUGGAGUGGUGGUGGGGGGAGGAGUGCCCUCUGCAGACGCUUUUUUUUUUAGAAGCCGUGUCUUCUUUUGGAGGCCUGUGGGAGUGUGGGGCUACAGCCUUCGCUGUCCCAGGUCAGGAUGCUCCGGGGAAAAAGCAGCCUUUCUGUACCGCUGUGGGUAUGGAAACACAGUGAGGCAUAUCUGUGACAUGACUGGCUGGUACAGCAUGCUCACAGAGCUCCUGGCCUGCAACGCGUGCAGGAAGGCUGCAAAGGGCUCUCAGGAGCAUUCAAUUGGUCACUUCCUGGCGUGGGAUGCUGCUAUUUUGAAGCAGCUGACUCCAGCCCACCAAGCUGUGUUCCAUGCGAUCCCAACACCAAGACGCGGUGUGGACAAGCAAGUUGUCCGCCUGAUGAGGGAUCGGACUGAGGGCAACACCAUGGUUAAGGUGUGGAGGCAGGUCCAGGAGGGUCACUGUGAGGAGUACCUGCAGAGAAAGGACCUCUACACCACCCUUCUCUGUCAGCUCAUCAGACCUGGAAGCAUCAUGAGUGCUCUGGGCCAUCAAUACCAGAAGCCGCCGACGCGCAGGGAGCUGCCGUCGCCGAGGCUUCUGAGAAAAGCCUACCUUAUCUAUGAGGCAGAGCACAUUGAGGACUACCGGACACAAAUCAUGUCCACGUUCGGGAAAGUCCUCAAGUAUGACUCCACCAGGAAGCGUCCGCAGAGCAUCACCAGCACCAGCCUACCUCCCGCUGCAGAGCUCCCGGAUGAGAGGCCGCACACCAGCCGACCUCAAGUGCAGUAUGAGGUCACUCCAUCUCUGGCUGGCACGCGGAAACGCAAAGUGCCGCAUGACAACCUAACGUCUGCACCCCAACCUCAGCAAUCAAUAGCGGCAGCGGCAGCGACGGUCACCAAUGCAGCAGGACUCCAGCCCCAGCCCGUGUUCCUGACACUCCGUAGACCAGCUCUUCCCCCCCAGCUGCUGCCGCCGCCUGUUUUCCUGCCGCCUCCCGCACUGCCACAAGCCAGAUCUACUCUGUACAAGAGGAAAAAAACAGAGCUGGGCGCUACACGGCCCCAGAGCACAGUACAAAAGCACACAUGCGCACUUUGUGGCCAGUCCACUCAAGGACACUGA